UUGAUAUCUUAUUAUAUCUGUAUCUGUAUAUCUAACAAAAAUCCCAUUUCACACCCGAAAUCGAUCAACCAACAAUCAAUGGCACGUCUUCUCACACAAACCCUAAUCCGAUCACAAUCAAUCAAUCAAACCCACCAUCGAUUCUUCUCAAGCCAAACACCAAAAACCCAACUCAUAGAAAUCGAUCUUGACUCAUCAUCAUCAUCUUCAUCGUCCGACACAGAAGUCGAGGUUUUAGGAAUCCGAAAACUAGAAGAUGCAAUUCAUAGUCUAAUUGUCAAACAAUCAAAACCAGAUUGGAUUCCUUUUGUUCCUGGCUCAUCUUACUGGGUCCCACCCAGAAUCCAACACAAGAAGAUUUCUGCUAUAAAUGAUGUUUUUAAUGAUGAUGAUAAUGUUUUUGUUGGUGGGUCUGCGGCAGGAAUUGUUGGUUUGCUUGCAAGAUUUAAUGAAAAUAAAAAACAGCAGAUGAUCCUCAAUGAUGAUGAAUUCAGGCUUGUCUUGAAUAAAGGCUGGCCUUCUUAUUCUUACUUUGUUCAAGGCACAUCAACAGUGCAAUCCCCUCAUGUAGAGAUGGAAGCAGAGGUGGUUCAAAGCAAAGAGGAGAAUGUCCCUGAUACCAAGAAUGAGGAAGGAUGAACAUGCAUUAACCAGAAGUCCUGAUCUUUCAAGCUGGCUUCCUGUUGUAGAUAUUUAUAGCCUAAAAUGCCAAGCUGUGGGUCGAAGAAGGGGAAGCAAAACUUGUUUGUACAGUUAAGCCUUACGUGGUGUGGAUUGCACGGAGGCUGAGGUAGAUCGCUCUAGUUCCUUCUCAACUUAAUUCAAGGCCCAAGGAUCAGCCGGUUCUUGCUUUUUCUCUGUUCUUAUAACAUUAUCAUAAGCUGCAAGCUUUAGUUGGUUUCUUCUGUUAUGACCUUCCUAAUAAUAAAAAAAAUAUAUCAUAUUUGUAUGCGUACGAUACCCGCAGUAUCCAUUUCUUAAACUAUAUGUUGUGACCGUUGCAUGGUUCAAA